CGAUAAAUACUUUUCCAUGAAAUUCCCCUCGGCUGCUUUUCCCUUCGCACAGAAUGUCUGGGGGAAAAGAAUGAAGCGUUAGGUCAAACCCGCGGAGUCCGAUGACCUGGUCGCCUGGGAAUCCACUCUUCAGACCGGGGACGCCUCCACCCGCGCUCUUUACAAAGUCGAGAAGUGGGGGGUCUACCCUAGUCGGGAGACUGAUCCCGAGCCGGAGAUUAUCCUGGCCGAGGCGAUCCCUAACGCCAUUCCCAUCCGCCAGUGUGAAGUUCCACUCCAAAUUUGCCACCCCAAAAAUCAUCACCGAGGAGCCCUCGUCUGCUCAGCCACUCAGCCAACCCUCUAGCCAACCGUGCUCCUUGGAUGAGCAACCAGCCCAGUCUCACCAGGGGACUAGUCAGCCAAUCCACUCCAGGGAGAUCUACAUCAACGUAUAUACCAUGGAGUUCGACCAGCUGGUGCAGGCCGGUCAGGGCGGCCAGCAACCUGAAGGGGGGCGCGAUGAGGAGGAGGCUCUUCAGAGGAAGAGGCGGAGGGCUGAGGAGGUCGGCUGGAUCGGCCUGGAGUACUUCACCCGGCUGGUGAAGUCCAAGGAUGAGGAGAUGGCCGCGAAGGAGGCUGACGAGCAAGCCCAGGAGAAAAUCCAAAGGCUUGAAGCUGAGAAUGCCCGGUCUGCUAAAGAGAUUUCCCGGCUGGGGGAUGAACUGGAGAAAGAGCGAACCAAACGUGCUUCUCUCGCGGCUGCCUGGGCGAUCCAAGAGCCAGAGCAGUUCGCCAACAGGGCUAUUGCUGACCGGGAUGCUGCCAUCCUGUUGCUGCAAGGGCUCUACAAGCAUGAGCCCUCAUCUAAGGUUGUCCAUGAAAUCGCGACCUUUGCCUUCGAAAGUGGCCAGUAUGACGAGCGUCGGGCCCUGUAUGGCAUUCUUCAGCAGCGGAUCCAAGGCUUCGAGCCCAAGGCCUUCUCUCUGCCCGAGAUGCACGAUGAGGCGCCGGUUCCCCCCUUCCCAGGGAUCUGACUUCUGAGCCUUCUCUUUUUUUUUUAUUCUUCGUAUGUAAUGAUCUGCCUCCGGGCGCUCUUUUUUGUUGUAAGACUUUAAUAUUAAUGAAAGUUCUAUUUUCCA